AUGAGAAAGUUUUUAUCAACCUUUUCAGGCAUACUUUUUGGAGUAGCUUGGUUCCUUUGGAUUGAUGGACAUGUUUAUGAAAAUACUAGAAAUGCAGCAACACCUGGUUUUGGACCAUCUAUUCAAUGGGUCUAUUAUCUGCCAGGUAUAUUUUCGACAGUUGGUUUGGUGAUGGCAAAUAUAAUCAAGUUGGAUGGACUCAACUCAUCGUCGUUCCUCGGCGAUGACUCUUAUGUAACAAAGAUUCGUAUCUGGCUAUUUGUCAGCUUUGCUAUCAACUUUGGUUGUAUUGCAGGCAGUGUUUGGAUUAUGGCUGCAACCUUUAUGCCACCACAUGUAAAUAGCAAUGCCGAAUGGCCUGGUAUUGCUCUCACUUUACAAAAUGUUUUGAUUUUCCUUAGUUCAUUAACUUUAAUGUAUUCUAAAUCAAGAAAUGAAGAUGAGAAUCCAUUCUAA